AUGGCCUCGUCCUACGCUCGCAAUGGCUCGCCAGGACGUGGCAGAUCGACCAGCCCGCGCCCACAAUCUCCAGACAGCGACAUAGGCUCGAGCCUGAUGGGUGCACUGCCCGAUACGCGCCAUCUGCAAGCCUUUGGGAAAAAGGUGUCGGCCACGGCGGGCAGCUUGAUCGGCGGCGACGCCGUGGGUCAACACUACCAGACGGCUCUGGGGGAGCUCCACCGCGAACUUCGACGGCCCAUGUUACAACGAUCCGUCUUCUCCUUCGCCCAAACCACUCCCCGCGAAAUCGUGCGGUCGCGUAUUUCCGUUCCCGAGAUUCAACAGCGAGCGCUGGCCUACAUCCCCGACGAUAUCCUGCACAAUAUACCCGAAGACGAUCACGAGUUCUCUCUUUUCCAAGGCUUCCAAGCCAGUGUCCCCGACGAGCCUCUCACCCGGGGGAAGAAGCACGGCAGGCACAAUGCGCGCGGGCAACGACUGAUUGGCGGUGGCGAUGAUGAAGAUGACAAGAACGUACCGCCUUCUAUGCAGAAGCUGCGUAACCAGAGACACAGUAUGACACACCGACUAGAGAUGAUGGCCGUGCGAAAACACAUGUGUGUGGCGGAAAUCCACGAAAUCGAUGACAAAAUCGCAAAUCUCAACACCAUGCGCAAAAUGGUGCUGGAUCGUUUGGCUGGAUUAGAGAUGGAAGAGUCGGAGCUUGAACAAGACUUGCUGAAUGUGGACAACCAAAUCGAGGACCUGGAAGAAGAGCUGGAAGAUGAAGCGGCUUUGGCCCCCAAGACUCUGAGUCCGCGUUCGGAUGCGUCAGGAGAGGGAGCGUCAGACGACUUCAUGUCGGAGUCGAUAUACCAGAAGAUUAACUCGCCAAGGACUAAGAACAAGCGUAGACUAGCACAUCGCAAAUCUAUGCCUAUACUACACGAGCACUUACAGGCAGGGUCUAAGAUCAAAGAGCUGCCCGCACACAUGGACUCCAUCACGGCUCUGGACUUUGACGCACCGUGGGGCAUGCUCGUCACCGCAGCAUUGGACGACACAGUACGAGUAUGGGAUCUGAGCGCGGGAAACUGCAUAGGCAUGCUCGAGGGUCAUCUCUCCUCCGUGCGUUGCUUGCAGGUUGAGGACAACAUCGUAGCCACUGGCUCAAAGGACGCAACUAUUCGCCUCUGGGACCUGAGCAAAGCGGAGUAUGCACCCAUGAACAACCGAAUCAACAAGCACAAUGAUGAAGACGAAGGCGAGGACGACGGUUUGGCCUUUGAAAACCCAUCUGAUGCUCCGCCCCCACCACCCGCAACUAUCAUGCAAGACGUUCCUCUAUUUUCUCUCGAAUCUCACGUUGAUGAAGUCACGGCACUCGACUUCCGUGGUGACACUUUGGUUUCUGGUUCUGCCGACAAGACCCUACGUCAGUGGGAUCUGGUCAAGGGCCGUUGCGUCCAAACUUUAGAUGUUCUCUGGGCAGCUGCUCAAGCAGAAGCUACAGCUGCAAGCACGAACAGCUUCCGUCCCACUGGCCGUGCUACGGACGCUUCGGCCGACUUUGUAGGUGCAGUGCAAGUCUUCGAUGCAGCUCUGGCAUGUGGAACGGCGGAUGGCAUGGUACGGCUUUGGGAUUUAAGGAGCGGUCAGGUCCAUAGGAGCCUGGUGGGCCAUACAGGACCGGUUACCUCGCUGCAGUUUGAUGAUGUGCAUCUUGUAACCGCGAGUAUGGACAGGAGUAUACGAAUAUGGGACCUACGCACGGGCGCUAUAGCAGAUGCAUAUGCUUACGAUCACGCCAUCACGAGCAUGAUGUUCGAUGCCCGCCGCAUCGUCUCGGCGGCUGGUGAGUCUGUGGUCAAAGUUUACGACAAGACAGACGGCCGACACUGGAGUUGUGGUCCUGGUGUUGGCGUUGAUCAAGACGACAAGACAUCUCAUGCAGUAAUUGAACAUGUGCGCAUCAAGGACGGAUAUCUUGUUGAGGGGCGGCGGGAUGGCACGGUUGGUGUGUGGUCGUGCUAG